AUGGCAGAGCUCAUAGAGCUUCUGGAGACACAAAGGGCGGCCUCGCACUCUGGCAGAGAAGAACUGUCCCUUUGUCAAACUCAGCCGGAGUACAUCCCAAGACCUAGACACCGUACAACCCGGAGCUUUUAUCGGUGCCCGCGGAGCUGCAGGUGCACAAACCGCUUGGAGGCACUUAUACUAAGUACUGCUGUUCCUACAAUAAUUGAAUUCAGCUUGUGGAGAGAGUAUUUUCCUCAAGUAGUAACUGUUCUUGCAGAGAUGCAGGAGGUAUACAAUUCUGACACUGUUGAACUGAUUAAUUGGAUCAAAAGACAAGUACCAGUGGCCGCAGUGUUUGCAGGAAGUCCACAGCUUAUAAGUCUGGUCAAGCUCUGUUCAGGGUUGACAGUAGCAAAUCUACCUCUCUACAAUGAUAUUGAUCUUUUGAAGAGAAAUGAAAAUAUUUACCAGAUCUAUGCAAUGAGGUCUGCAGAGGAUGUGUAUAAAAUUCUCACAUCAUACAAAGUGGAUUAUGUGAUCAUAGAGGAGGCAGUCUGUAGCGAAAUGGGUACAGCAAGAGGCUGUAGAGUGAAGGAUUUGCUUGAUUUUGCUAAUGGUCAUGUUGUCUUUGAUGAAGGGGAAUCUCAUUCCUUCUCUAGAUAUGGAAGAUUUUGCCACGAAAUUAAGUCUAAUUAUUCUCCAUACGUUAAUUACUUCACUAGAGUUUUUUGGAAUUUUUCAUAUCACGUGUACAAAGUCAGCAGUAUAAUUUCCUUUCAGUACUAA